AAAAACAUUAUAUCCGCCCUAACAUUAAUAUUUUUUGCUAUAUAUUCGAUCAUGAAUUCGUUGCCGCGAUUCUCCAUUACAGAAUUCUGGUUUGACACCCUCAAAAAAGAAUCUAAAAUGACUGUGAGAUGCAGCGGAAGGUGUUAUUACAUCGUUAUGCUGCCUGAUAAGCUCCGUGGCUGUCCCGCCAUUUUAAAACAAUAUCUUCGAUUUGCUGAAGUAGCGGAAGCGGAAGAUAGUGUCGACGGCCUGACUAUCGACGAUUUUCAAGACUGGGCGAUAGAGCCUUUCCUUCCAAUAUUUCGAGAUGCCGAACUAAGUGCGGAUAAACGACAGCGUUAUACCCUCUACGACUAUCUUAAUCUAGAGAUAUUUUACUAUUCACUUCUAGCAAUCAAUAAUACCCUCGUCCCCUGCCCAGACGAACCAGCUUUAUCACAAAGACCACAUGGAGUUGAUCUGCAUGGCUAUGAACUCAGCUCAGUGUACCACUCAUAUCAGCCGGUACAAGUACAAAUUUGUCCCAAUAAUCCUAACUCUGAGGGUGCCCUCGUCGAGCUCCCCGAGAAGGUGCUCGUGGACGGGAGGACUUGCUUCUUUAAGCUAUUUGGCGCUGGAGAGAGGAGUGCUCUCCGUGAGCUCGAAUGCUACAAGCGUAUAGGGGACUUGCAACGCAGUAUGAUGGUGCAGGUUCCUACCUUGUGUGGCGUUGUUCAGGAUAACUCGCGGUGUUUGGGGCUGUUGCUCUCUUGGGUUGACUGUCGUCGCAUAACAUUAGAAUGCGCCCUGCGGCCUAGCACGCCAAGAGCUCAAAGGCAGAGGUGGGCGAACCAACUGACAACCACACUGAACCGUUUACAUAAUGCCGGGAUUAUCUGGGGUGAUGCGAAGCCGGCGAAUGUUCUGGUUGACUUCAAGGAUGAUUUAUGGAUUAUUGACUUUGGAGGUGGAUAUACUCGAGGCUGGGUCGAGAAGGAUAGAGCAGGGACCAUCGAGGGUGACAAUGACGGUCUAAUGAAGAUUAAGGAUUUUCUUUUGCGAUAA